AUGGCUCUGGACAGCGGAAGGAAGGAGCUGCUGUGGAACACGCUGAGGGAGCUGGGGGAGGACGACUUCGAGUCCUUCAGGUUCCACACGGACCUGCCUCAAAGCGUACGCGAAAACCCUCGCCGGGCGUACAUUGCUGACGAACUGAUGAAGAAGCACGGCCAGAACACCCUGGAGCAGACCAUCAUGCUUCUGGAGAAGAUCGGUAACAACAAUUUGGCCGAGAGGCUGCGCAGCGACAUGGUGAAAAUAAAAGGCGCCGACUUCUCCGUCCACGAUGACGAUCAGAUAGCCAGAUUGAAGAGGGAGCUCCAAGACAACCUGCGGCGUUUAUACAGGUUUGCUUCUGAGGGCAACACCGAGCGCUGGCAGCAGCAGCAGCCCCUGGAGGACGUCUACACGCAGCUAGACAUCACCUACGGGGCAGACGUCAGCCCAGACGGGCGGCAUGAGGUCCUCCAGAUGGAAACGUGUGACGCCGCGGCCAAGCGGUCUAUCCUGCCGUGCGACAUCUUCAAAAGCCCCGACGGGAACCGACGACCGAUACGCACGAUGCUCACCGUUGGCUUCGCGGGAAUAGGAAAAACCUUCCUGAUUCAAAAGUUUGUCUGGGACUGGGCCAGCGGUAAUACUAACCAGGACGUGGACUUCAUAUUUCCUUUCACCUUCCGCGAGUUAAACAUGGAGAAAGGGGAGAGCUUUACGUUGGCCGAGCUGAUCGGCGGAGACAGUCACAUGCGCGAGAGACUGAACGAGAUAUUUAUCUAUCUGCAAACUUCUGGGAAGCAGGACUUUGAAAGCAGCGGGAUCAAGAUCUUGUUUAUCCUCGACGGACUGGACGAGUGCAACUUCAAAAUCGACUUGAAGAAAGCCAGGAAAGUGAACAAGAACGUGAAGGAAAGCUACCCGCUAGAAGUACUGCUGGCGUAUCUCAUCAAAGGGAACCUGCUUCCGUGCGCCAGGGUUUGGAUCACCACGCGGCCCGCGGCGGCCCGCGAUAUCCCCGCCGACCUCAUCGACAGCAGAACAGAGGUGGGAGGAUUCAGCGAAUCCCGGAGGCUGGAGUACUUCAGGCAAAGGUUCCCAAAUGAGGAACGCGUCACUGAGCACAUUCGGAAAUCUCGCACCAUCUUCAUCAUGUGCCAUAUUCCCAUCUUCUGCUGGCUCACCGCCACAGUUCUUCAGGUUCAUUUGGACAAAGGGAAGGAGGGAGAGCUUCCCACAACGCUGACUGACAUGUACUCGGCAUUUAUUGGUCACCACCUGGAAAACUCCAAGGAGAGAAAUACAGCGGCGUACAUCCCUGACGUGAAAGCGCUCGCCAAGCUGGCCUUUGACCACACCAUGAAUCAGCGUCAGAUCUUCUACGAGAAAGACCUGGAGGACAGCUGCUUUGAUUACAGCCAAGCAGCAAAACACUGCGGUUUAUUCACAGAGGUCUUUAAGGAGGUCCAUCCGCUCAAAAGGAAGAAACAAAAGAUGUUUCAGUUUAUCCACCUGACCAUCCAGGAGUAUCUGGCCGCACUGUACGUAAAGAUGUGUUUCUUCCACGACAACAAGAACGUACUGGAUACAUCAAGAUGGAAAAAAUUGUUCAUGCCUGUUAAGCAGAAGACAAUCACUGAGGUCCACAAGUCAGCUCUCCAGAGAGCCUUGGAAAGUGAAGGAAACCUGGAUAUGUUCCUCCGCUUCCUCGUUGGCCUUUCAUUGCAGUGCAACCAGGAAAUAGUGGGGGCACUGCUGAAGGUUCCUCAUGACUGGGAGCAAAGCAAGUCAAAGACAGUCAAGUUGAUACAGAAAAGGAUCAAACGAAACACUCCAGAAAAGAGCGUCAACUUGUUCUACUGUCUAAACGAGCUGAAAGACAACUCCUUACUGAAGCAGAUCCAGCAUCAACUAGUUUCAGGACGUUUGUCCUGGCGUCAAAUGACAAAUGAUAUGUGGUCGGCCCUGGCCUUCUUCUUACUUACGGACGACGAAACCAUGAAGUCCUUUGAUCUUCGCCGCUACUCCCCAUCGCCUUUGGGACUCAAGAAGCUUCUGUUGGUGGUCAAGGCUUCUCAAAAAUCAGAUCUAAAUCAAUGUCGCCUGGACAAAGGCAGCUGUCACCUGCUGAAUUCCGUUCUCAGUUCUCCAUCCAACCUGAGGCAUCUGAGUCUGGGCUUGAACCAUCUGUCGGACGAGGGGGUCGAGAUCCUCUCAAAAGGACUGGCCAGCCCACACUGCAACUUAGAAGUCCUCAAGCUGCUCCGCUGCAGAAUCACCAGUAAAGGAUGUGUUUCAUUGGCUGAGGCACUCAAGUUAAACCACUCCCAUCUCCAAGAGCUGGACCUCACCAGGAACGAUCUGUCGGAUGAAGGGGUCGAGAUCCUCUCGAAAGGACUGGCCAGCCCACACUGCAUCAUAAAAAUCCUCAAGCUGUCAUGGUGCAGCAUCACGAAGAAAGGAUGUGUUUCAUUGGCUAAGGCACUGAAGGUAACCCCCUCCCAUCUUCAAGAGCUGGACCUGAGCUUGAACGAUCUGUUGGAUGAAGGGGUCGAGAUCCUCUCAAAAGGACUGGCCAGCCCACAUUGCAUCUUAAAAGUCCUCAAGCUGUCAUGGUGCAGCAUCACGAAGAAAGGAUGUGUUUCAUUGGCUGAGGCACUGAAGGUAACCUCCUCCCAUCUUCAAGAGCUGGACCUGAGCUUGAACGAUCUGUCGGAUGAAGGGGUCGAGAUCCUCUCAAAAGGACUGGUCAGCCCACACUGCAUCAUAAAAGUCCUCAAUCUGGAACACUGCAGGAUCACCAGUAGAGGAUGUGUUUCAUUGGCUGAGGCACUGAAGGUAACCUCCUCCCAUCUUCAAGAGCUGGACCUGAGCUCGAACGAUCUGUCGGACGAAGGGGUUGAGAUCCUCUCGAAAGGACUGGCCAGCCCACACUGCAUCUUAAAAAUCCUUAAGCUGUCACUGUGCGAGAUCGCAGAUAAAGGAGGCAUUUCAUUGGCCAAGGCUCUCAAGUUAAACCCCUCCCAUCUUCAAGAGUUGAAUCUCGGGGCAAAUCGAAUAGAGAAAGAAGGAAAGAGGGUCUUAUUGGACAUCAAGGAGGAUCCCAGCUAUAGCCUGAAGACUGUCAGUCUAAAUCAGUGUUGGCUGGACAGAGGCAGCUGUCACCUGCUGGCUUCCGUUCUCAGUUCUCCAUCCAACCUGAGGCAUCUGGACCUGGGCUGCAACCACGAUGUGUCGGACAAGGGGGUCGAGAUCCUCUCAAAAGGACUGGCCAGCCCACACUGCCACUUAGAAGUCCUCAAUCUAAGAAAAUGCUUGGUCACAAAGCGAGGAUGUGUUUCAUUGGCUGAGGCUUUCAAGUUAAACACCUCCCAUCUUCAAGAGCUGGACCUGAGCCUGAACGAUCUGUCGGAUGAGGGGGUUGAGAUCCUCUCGAAAGGACUGAGCAGCCCACACUGCAUCUUAAAAGUCCUCCACCUUUCAGAGUGUAAGAUCACAAAGCGAGGAUGUGUUUCAUUGGCCGAGGCACUCAAGUUAAACACCUCCCAUCUUCAAGAACUGGACCUGAGCUGUAACAAUCUGUUAGAUGAGGGGGUUGAAAACCUUUCGAAAGGACUGGCAAGCCCACACUGCAUCUUAAAAGUCCUCAGGCUGUCACGGUGCGGGAUCGCAGAUAAAGGAUGCAUUUCAUUGGCCAAGGCUCUCAAGUUAAACCCCUCCCAUCUUCAAGAGUUAUUUCUCAUCAACACUCGAAUAAAGGAAGAAGAAAAGAGGGUCUUUUUAGAGAUCAAGGAAGAUCCCCGCUAUAGACUGGAGACUAGGAUCUUGUGUCGGCGCUACGGGCAAAGCGGCCUCGCUCACAGAAUUCGAGGAGGUCAUCGUCGGGUUCUUUGCAUCGACAUGGAGGUGGAGUACAAGGGGAAGGUCUACGACGUUCCCAACAAACUGCUGUCCAAUCCUUUUGGACAACCCCUCCCAGUACAAAUGGAUGAAAAAAACUGCCAGCUGUUUGGUGGGAACGUCGUAGACCUUCCCCCUGAACUCCACCUCCAUGUGGCUGCAAAGAACCCGACGACGACCUCCCCGAAUUCUGUGAGCGAGACCGCUUAG